AAUAAAUUACAUGCAGGAACCAAACCUAGCAGAAGCAGCUUGCUAGUGAGUUUUGAUUUCAGCAGAGGUAAUCCCAGAAUCCUAGAGACAUGUUACAGGUUGGGCUGAGCUUUUCCAGCUGCCCUGAAGGCACUGCUAUUGAUUUCCCUUCAGACAAGUCUGGGAAGCAGAGCAGGUGUAAUUCUGUCUUGGUGAAUUCAGAGGAAGGUGACAUGGAAGCCCCACAAGGGACAAUCAGUUCUCCUCCAAUCUCUGUGGUGAUCACCUCUGAGGCUGAGACUUGGGACAUUGAUGCAUCUUCUUGCAUGGGCUCUGGACAGUUUGUAGAUUGGGAUAAGAUGCCAGAAUUGGAUCAAGAGACAAAGAGCCACAGAGAGAUCCUCAGCAAAACCACUAGGGAACUGAAAAAGCUGGCAAGAGAAGGCUACUGGACUACCAGCCACAGUCUAAGAGCUCAGGCUUACCACCAUAUCAUCCAGCAUAUCCCCUGCCGGCUUGUGACCCCAGAUGCUCUGGUCUAUAGGGAUGUGGCAAUCAGGCUGUUUGGAAAACAGAAUGUGAGCUCCCAUCCAUUGCCUGAAUUCCUUGAAGGAUGCUUCAUGCCCACAUAUUGCCUGACUAGGGAAGGUACAACAGCAGUAAAGAAAAUUCUCAUCUGCAUUGGCAACCUCUUCCCUGACAUCACCUACUGUCCAAUUCUGCCUGCGAUUGUAACUCUGCUGCUGCACUACAGUGAAGAUGAAGCUCAGUGCUUUGACAAUGUCUCUCACCUCAUUGCUUGCAAUGACUCCCACAUCAGCUAUAUUGACCAGUCUUUCUUGGCCCACAAGGCUUCCUGUAUGACUUUUGGGGAUCUGGCUAACAAGCACUGCCCCACAGCUCACAGAUUAAUAGCCAGUGCUUCUGAGAAUGUCUCAGAGGUCUAUUCUGAAUGGUUAACAUGGCUCUUUGGUGAGCUUCCCUUUGAUUAUGCCAUACGCAUACUUGAUGUAUACCUAUUGGAGGGACAGAAAGUCCUCUACCGGAUUGCUCUGGCCUUGCUGAGACAAUACAAGCUCUUGGUGACCUCGAGAGAGCUUGAAGUGACUGACAUCAAAGGGGAUUUGCAAGCUUUCAUGCAGAACAUUAGAGAGCACAUGACUGUUGAUAAGCUACUAGAGAGAGCUUUUGGUAUCAGGCUAUUCUCCCGCAAGGAAAUCUGGCUUCUUCAGAUGGCAAACAGGAAGGCUCUGCUGGAGAAAGGGAUUACUAUGGUGCAGCGCAGGUACAAGGCUGACCCCACCCCUAUUCACCUCCUUGCCUGCCCCUGCCUCUACUGCAUUUGGAACUCACCCAUAUAUGCAGGCCACAAGCACAGAAAGUCCAUCAUCCGCAACCCAACAGUCCCAAGUUCCUUCUGUGCCCUACUUUCUGUCUCAACUGUUCCAAAAGUAGAGACAAAUCUGGAAGGAGAAGCUGGCCCACAGACCAAUUCCUGGGAUGGCUCUGCCUCACAACCAAGAAACACAAGACAAUCAGCUUUGGUGCUGGCUAAAAGACAGUCAUUCCACCUGGCUGUGGAUAUGCUGAAGUUCAGCUCUACCAUUGUAACUGCCCAAGAGAUGCGUAUCAUAUGGUCCUGGAUUCCUGAGCGAUUCUCCUUAUUCCCUCCUGUCUUAUUAUUCUCCACCUCAGACGAUGGGUACAGCUUACAAAGGUUUUAUUCAUGCUGUGAAGGUUACGAACCAACAGUACUGCUCCUAAAAACAACACGGGAGGAAGUGUGUGGUGCAUUUCUGUCUUCUGACUGGAAUGAAAGGAAAAGGAGUGGGGGUACAUCCAGCUUUUUUGGCACAGGGGAAUGCUUUGUUUUUAGCGUGCGCCCUGAAAUGGAGAGGUAUGAGUGGGUGUUUAUCAAGAAACCAGAGCUGACCAAGGCAGUCCCUCGUUCACCCCGCCAGCGCUCAUCUUCUCUCUCCUCCCCCACCGACAUCUCAUCUUCCCCUAAUGGCCACGUGGCCAGUUCAAACCACCUCUCAGUGCCAGUUCUGCAGAGAGGAAAGGUUCGCCUUUCUCCAUUUUUGGCAAUAAGACACUUCCUGCUGCCUUCAAAAACAGCUUCCAUGUUCAUGUCUGGGACUCAAGAAGGAAUCAUUAUUGGAGGUGGAGGAGGCCAAGCUCUGUGCAUUGAUGCUGACCUGCUUCAUGGAAGGACAGAGCACUGUGAGACAUUUGACAACCCUCCGCUCUGUGAAGAGAACUUCCAGGUGCAGCUCCUUGAAGUCUGGGGUUUUCAGAAUGCCUAAAUUAUUGCUAAAAUUGCUUCUGCCUGCCCCAUAUUAAUCAAUGAAAGAUUCAUCACCACUGGAGGAUGUAUGACUGAUUGACUCCAAAGGCCUGACUGUCAUGGAGGAAGUCCCCACAUGGUGGCAGCCUGCAUUUCUCUUGCUACUUUGUACCCCACUGCUAGCCAUUCUCCAUAUUUUCCAUCUUCAUCAUAGUGGACAGUGAUGAUGACUAGGAAUGAGGGAAAUAAAGGUCCACAGUACAACCUGUUGUUAUAGGUACUGCCUUGCUAUGAAUGUAUGAUAAUAACUCAGCCCCAAAAUGUUUGCACACAGUUCAGAUUAAACCCCCAAUUUCUGGAGUUUGGAAAAAUGAGCUAAUUUGCAUAUUUUCUUGAAUCUUUCUACGACUGACUUGUAAGGUUUCCAUCCUGGUCCCAAGUCCAAAAUGAUUAUAACUAGGAAUAGAACCUCUAUAGUCUUUGAAGGUCACCAGAUAGUGCGUGCAGUGACAAGUUAGUUAUCCUAUGAUAUGGUACACAAGUGGCUUUCAUGUGCAGCUACCCAUUUUAGCAAAGUAGUUUUGACAGUUACCACCAGAGCCAAUUAUCUACACCAUUUUUGAAAAUGCAGCAAAUUCCGGGCAGAUUGCAAGCAGUAGCAUAACUAGGGGUGGGCAAGGAGGCCACAAGCCCCCGGCAUUGCUUUAGGGUGGGAUUUGCUGGAACCAAGGCUAGGGGGUCUGUGCUAGAAUUGAAGCAGCUAAGCUGCUAGUCCAGAAGCUGCAGGCUGGGACUGGUGGAGACAGGCUAGGAAUUGGACAGUGAUCUCAAGGAGGCUCUUGGGUGCUUGACAGAUAAGUGCUGGGCAUGAAAGAAGAAGCAAGAGAUGAAGGCAGAGGGAUGCACCCUUGCUGCAGAAUUAGGGAUUUUAUUUCUUUACUCACCAUGGUAUUCAGCAGCACCUUUGUGGGGGCAGCUGAGAGAUUUUACUCAUUAGCUGCCAGGACUCCAAUGAGCCCCUGGGUACUGUCCCGUUCCCUCUACCCCUGCCCCGCAACCAACUUUGCCCAGAAGCAAAAGAGCUUGCCAUGCCUCUGAAUGCAAAAGUCUUCAGAUGCUCCACAGACUCUGCUCCAGCCUAAAUACAUAUAACUAUGUAGUUGUGCCUCUGCACCGUGUGUGGAAAAAGGCAGGUGAUGUAUCCCUAGAACACAUAGCUAAUGUAGAGCCACCUUGGUAGGAAAAAGUAGUAGAACUCUGGAAGUAAUAGCUUCCCUCUAAGUGAAUAUUUUUUGCUUGCAAUUUCUGGAGACCCCAUGGUAGCCAGCAGUUUUAGUAUGGUCAAGACAUUUGAGUAAAGGAUUUGUCACAGAGACAAGACCCUCUCCAUCCUAGAAGUGGGGUUGCCAGGAUCCAAGCUGAGGCCUCUUAGUGAACCAAUACAACAGAGCUUGCCCAGGUUUACACCUGUUUUGAAAAUGGAAAGAGAGCACUUUUCUCUUGAAUGUCAAGCAUAGCACUAAACUCAUCUGAGAUAUGCAAAUCCACAAUAUUUAUUUAAGCUUUUCUCAGUAAACUAGCAUAACAUAUUAUUGUAAACCUUCCUCAUCGUGGGGCUUGUACUAAACUGAAGAGGUGUUUUCAGAGCAGUGUUAGUGUCAUAAGAAUCUAAAUAGUUAGAACAUCUGGCAGUCUAAUCUAUUCUGUCAUUAGUUAUCCACCAUUAGAACAAUAAAAAAUUAAUCAUUUUUAAAGAUGAACUAUAAUCAUGUAAACUAUGAUAAGUCCAAUGUAGUAGUGAAUGUGUUUUUUAAUCCCUAUAAAAAUCAUUUAGUUGGCAGAAUGAAAACAUGCUUUCAAAGUCCAAAUAUAUUUUUCAUUUAAAGUUUUAUUUUAACGGCACUCAUUCUCUCCAGUUAUAAAGAGCAGAUGUGGCUUCCUCCAAGGAGAUAAUUCUAGAAAUGCUAGGUGAAUAUGGGUCAGAGAGAAGAGUCUCAUACCCACAAAGUCAUCUAUGCAGACAUUCAAAUCAAUAGUAAUAACUUGUGGUCUUCAAAGUACAUCUGGUAAGAUAAGAUGUGAAGUCUGUAUUUCUGCUCUUUUAUAUCAGUUUUGUUUUACUGUUAGUCUAAUAAAGCUACUGAUACAUGAAUAGGUUUAAUUCAUAGAAGGCAUAAACCUGAAACCAGAAUCAGGACCAUGGUGUUGUAUAUACAGUGAUGUGCUCAGACAUCAUUUUCCUACACACAUGCUUAGCAGAACCUGAACAGGGGCCUGGGGGCUUGCCAGAGCUCAUUGCAUUGGGAUCACCCUUUCCCAUAAGCUCCCCCUUUUGUUGUUUCAUGAGCUCUGCCAGUCAUAAAAAUGAUUCAUAAAGGUCAGGGUUGUUCUUUCAUGCCCUGAAUCUGGCCAAUAAAUUCCUGUUUUGAAUUUGAGGAGUUCUGCUAAGACCUGGCCAAUAUUUGCCCCUUCCUAAGGCUAUAUACUGAACCAGCCAGAUUUUCUGGGUGAAAUUGCUAAGCAGAGGGAUACACUUAUUUUACCAGAU